CCCCUCCUUGGGCGGCGCGUGUAGCUUUGUUUGGUCUCCGCUUCUGUGAUCAGCUCCACUUGCGAGGAGGACCCUAGUCCAGUCUGGUCUAGUCUAGUGUAGUCUACCCUGGCCUGGGAAAGUAAAGGUGGCCUGUCCAAGGGAGGUCCAAGCCCAAGUCUUGUCUUCUCGCACGACAACUCCAUCACUUUUACUUCAUCACCUACAUCCGGGCCUCUCAUAUUGGCCACUCGUAGUCUACGCCAGCAUAAGCCCAUCUCAGACCUCGAAACAGCCUCCUAUCGAGACAGAUAACAUUCCAUCCAGUAGCCUUUGCAUCCUGAACCAACCUCACCGCAUCGUCCAACCAUGGCUCUACCUUCACGCAAUCACACCUUUCCAGUCUCGUCUACCUCGUCUCAUCACUACCAUCCGCCCCAUCACUAUCGGAAGAAGAGGGGAGGAGCUGGAACGGGCAAUGCUGGUGCAGCUUCUGGUACAGCGGCGGGACCGUUGCGACAGCUUUUGGUUGAUAGAGAGGAAGAGGCUGGUAUCAUGGGAGGGGGAAGCUCGAGAGAUGCCAGUGAGGAAGACAAUGAUGCCUUUUCAGAGCACAGCGAUUCAGCAUCCUCUGCACCUCGUCUUCUCUCCGAGACACUUGGCUCACCGACGCAACUCCCCCGCGGUAUUCCCACUACAGCCAGAGAUCGAGCACUGGUAGAUUCCAAGGCUCAUCGGCACAACUACAGUAAUGCCUUCGCAGGCAUCCUUGCCCCUGGAGGCCAGAAGGGGCGUGUGCCAAACACCGACUAUACGCCCAGCGGCGCCUCUUCAGGGCUGCGAGCUUCUCAAAAUCCGGGGAUGUCUACAAGCGGGCCUAUUGCCUCUUCCUCCGUUAGCGGACCAUCACAUCAGUCAGGCCGCAAGUCCUUCUCCACCACCGGUCGAGUCGACCCAUCAGUCACGGCCACAUUGUCGCAGGCAGCAGCUGCCCUUUCGUCCUCUUCCUCCAACGACCUCUCACGCUACGCUGCAGAUGACGAGGACAAGUCUUCCGAGUCUUCCAAGACGGGCAGGGCCGCUUCGAUUGACUCGAACUCGACGGAUGACCAGAUCCGACCUUUGGCACUCAAGAGGGCGGCAGGUGGGCCUUUGAGUCUACAUUCGCUUCCAGAGCCAGCAGCCGCCCUGUCUAUCGUGGAUGCAUCGACACCCCGUCCGCCUAAUAGCGCGAACUCUCUGUUAGCCUCGGCGAAUCUACAGAGGGAGGCUUCCACUUCCUCAGAGCUGGAUGGCGAUAGUGAGUCACAGAGUGUUGCCUCGUCCCUCUCUCAUCGUGAGGGAUUCAAGGCACCUCUGAACGUUCGGGAUGGUGCCGGUGAUGAAGGCGAUGCUUCCGAUGGUGGAACAGCUUCUCCCUACGAUGGCGAUGUCGAGUUUGCGGCACGGACGCCCGUUUCGCAGCAGAUUGUGAACCAGCAAAUCAGUCAGCUGCAGCAACAGGCCAGUCCUUCGAGGAAUGCUGGCACGACAUUUGCGUUCGACAACAGCCCAGCUAGCGUCCUAGCCGAUCUUUCCCCUCCGGCCGACUCUCUCGGAUCCUCCAAUUCACUCGCGUCCGACGUGGGACAGAGCGUCAAGGAUGUCCCAUGCCGGGUCUAUACGGCCACUGCGGGGCCCAGUGUCGCUACAGGAGCCCCAAUUGGAGACGGUCAGACCUCUGACACGUCUUUGCCCAACGCUGCGUCUGCCUCUUCAACGCUGACCUCUCAAGGUACUCAACACCCCUCGGCAGCAGAGAUUCACUCGCACCUCAUCACACUCAACCCCCCACACCUAGUUUCUCGCCUCUUCGCCCAUGCAGCAGGCGUUGAGAGCUCGGCUAUUGCCUCUUCUUCCUCUGCACCUCCUGCCCUCUCCACCUCCUUCCUCGCGUCUGGAUCAACUUCGGCGACCGCAUCGGCGCAAGCGCCCACUGUGAGGAUCUUUGUUCAGACGAUCUUCGACGUGCCCACCCUGGCUACGUGCACCUCCCUCUUGCGCACAGCCAAGAUGUGUCUCGGUCCCGGCCUGGCAAAUCAGGUGCGCAUCGUCGCAGGAGUAGUCGCUACUGCCCCUCCUCCUCCAGCUCCGCCUUUGGGUGAGACUGCUCCUGCGGACAUGGCUGCUACUGGCAGCACACUGGCUCUGGAGCAGCGGGCAGGCUUGGCACGCAGCUGUCGCUGGGUGGACGAAGUGGUGGAAGGAGUGCCCUACUUUCGCGAGCUGGACAGUAGUGCCACCCUUGCUGAUGCGGCCGGUCCAUCUUCCUCAUCCUCCUUGACCUCCACGGCGUCGUCCUUGCAGACGAGGGGUGACUUGAAUAAGUUGCUCAAAGACGUAGGGGCAGUCUGGUGUGCAAGGUUCGUCAGAGGGAUUGAGGUUGAAGUCACAGGCAGUGGCAGGGGCGGUGUGCCCACGACAGGAGAUGAACAAGAGGGAGGCCUGAUCCUUCUACCGAGAGUCGUAUAAGUGGAUCAGUCAGCCAAGGAUCGCAUGCAAGUUCGAAAGCGGUGGUAUUAUUGGGGAUCGUCUAUACUUUACAUUACAUCUCCAUCUAAAGAGAAAUGACAAAGUCGAUUUCCUUGGCGCUGGCGCGGGGGAAUUAUUAGCAAGCACGGUAUCGGGAGUGGUGAGACUCUGAGUCUGAGUCUGAGCUCGACCUCGAGCUGGAGCGGACUCAUCGAAAUCGCAAAAGCAUAGCAC